GCAAAAGACAAAACGAUGUAGCUCAGGCUAGACACGUGCUCACACAGCAGACAUGGACAGCUUCCGAGAUUGGACGAUUGUGUUAGGCAGCUGGCUCGUGCACUUCGCCAGCCUUGGGACAGUCUACACAUUCGUAAGCAGCAAGCAGCGCUCAGAUGCAGGCACACGCAUUGUCUUGUCCUUGUUGUGCUGUCUUUUGAUGCAGGGAGUGUUCUUUCCAUAUUUGUUGGCAGGAUUCGGGGCGAGCAAGGCGGUGACGAGCCUUGUCUACUCGGUGUCUGCGUCGUGCUUUAUGUUCUUUGGCUUCUUGAACGGUGCCCUUGUUCGGCGAUAUGGCCACAGAAGGUGUGGAAACAAGCACUCGGUUAAAGUGACCGAGGAAAAAGACCGUUAGCCUCUGUCUGAUGAUGUUGUUAUUGUUGUCUCAUCAGGAUGGCUCGAGUGGGUGCGGUGAUUGUGCUCGGUGGCCUGAUUGCAAGCUCGUUCGUCUCUGAUUUGUGGCAGCUGUUUCUCACCUAUGGCGUCAUCAGCGGCUUCGGCUUCGGCCUCAGCUAUAUGAGCUGCAUCACCAUCAUCGCACUCCACUUCGACAAACACAGGGCGACAGCCACUGGUACACGCAGACACCAACCAUUCCUCAUUCGUCACAUUUGCUUUGAUGGUUCGUUCCAUGUUGCAGGCCUUGCUGUGUCGGGCAGCGGCAUCGGCACUCUCGCCCUCGCGCCAACGUUUGAUGCCCUCCUGGCGAGUAUCGGGUGGCGCCACACAUUCCGAGUCCAAGCGGCCAUCUGCACGGCCUUGAUCGUUGCCGCGUCCUUCUUCUUCAAGCGGCCACAUCAAAGCGAUCCCUACCAGCAGCCGCAAGACCAGCCACAGCAGCGAGAGAAAGACUUAGAGGCCAAGCAGCUGCCGGCUGCCGAUGGGGAUGCCGCUGCUGAUGAUUUGAAGGUGGUUAUUGACGAGAAAAGCGGCUACUUUGUCAUCGAGAAGGCGACGUCUGCCGGGGAGGGCGAGGUGGAGGAGACCUCAGCCACUGGGAGUGACGAUCGUCCACACACGCCGCUGCAGCCGUCAGAGCCGCCAUCAGCAGCACCACCGGCAGCCGCAGAAGAGGCGCCCGCACCCCCAGCACAAGACAAAUCGCACCCCGAUGAGGGAAGGGGGAAAGAAGUACAGUCCGUCGUCACUGCAAAGCGGUCGUCGGCUGCUCCGGAGCGGCAGAAAUCCUUGAUGAGGCUAUUGCCCGCGCUGCAUUUCGACUGGUCGCUGUUUUGCGACUCGAGGUUUGUGGUUCUCUUCAUUGGCUCGUUCUUCUGCUCCUUCGCAUACUUCGGUAAGCGACGAAUGAAACGCGCAGCCACAUGGCAUCACGAGGCCACCGGCACAUCUAUAUCAUGCCUUAUAUGUUGCCUUCGUAUUGUGUUGUCUUGCUACGUUCAAUCAGUCCCUUUCUCCCACUGGGUCGAAUGGUAGGCGACAAAUCACACACACACACGACACCGAGGGCACCAAACGGAUUUUGCUGUGUUGCAUGCCAAUCUCUUUCGUGUAUUCAGGGGCAUCGAGAACGGCAUAGCCUCUGACCGAGCGGCCCUCACCGUCACGGCGUUCGGCGUCGCGUCGACCGUCAGCCGUGUGUUCGUCGGUCGCGUGGCUGACUCACUUGGCCGCGUGAAGGUGUUCUGGCUCGGCACCCUGAUCAUGUGUCUCGAUCUCGCCUUCCUGGCCAUCGCCGACCAGCUGUGGCGGCUUAUCGUGUUCGCCCUGGUCCUCGGCAUCGGCUCGGGCGCUUUCAUCGCCUUGACGCCGGUGAUCACGGCUCAGCUGUUCGGCAGCCAUCGGCUGCCUGGCGGCUUGGGGUUCAUCUACUGCGCCAUAGGCACCGCGAAUGCGAUGGGGCCGCCAUUCGCCGGAUGGGUGGCGGACCAGAUCAGUUACCCUGCCGCCUUUGGCUUCGCCGCUCUGGUGAUGGCUGUCGGGUGUGCCUUCAUCGGCGUACUGUGGGCGUGGACUGCGUGUGGGGUUGGUGAGAGCCGGGAGCGCUUUAUGCGGGCUUUGUCUUGUCAAGGGGGGUUGGCAGGGCAGCGGCUCAGCCGGCCGCCGAGUGCGUGAAGGGGGAGGGGAGGCGUGAUAAGUAAAGCUCAUGAAUGCGUUUUUUGGGGAACGUGAGAAACUAUCAUUUAUUCCCGGCCACUGGUUCAGCCGGCAAUUGUGCAUACGGCUUUUUCGGACACACAUUCCAGCUCGCGAGAGCGAGGGGAUUUUGACGUCCACGUGUGGGUGCCGAUGGAUGAAGGUCGGGAGGAUGCGUGUGAUUGAUUACUCACUGCAUCCUCACCCGCCCCCCCAACCAGGCAAAGCGAGACGUCCCGUUUUCGUAUCUCGGCUGGUGUGUACAGUGUGCCGAUAUAUGGUGGUGGGGGUGACUGCGUGCUGUGCUGUGCAAGUGACAGGUGUAAUCCUGCAAUCCGACCAUUCGUUGAUGGUGACUGGAUCAUGAAAUGAGCAAGCCUCCCUCCCG